AUGUCCGGUUUACUCAAAUUGAUCUCUGUGAUCGCACCUCCUCCAGCCGCUCCCAUGUCAAGGGAGUAUGAUGGACUCGAAUAUCGUUGGAAGAUCUUUGCUUUUAGACCUGCUGUAUUCCAAUUCGAAGCUGCUGUCUUGGGUAUCGUUGGAAUUUACUUGUUGACUUAUUUCAUGGGCAAAUACAUCAAUAACGGACGAGCCAAAUCUUUAAUCGCACCGUAUCAAUCAUUUUUAUCAAAUCAAUUUACAACUAUCAGACCAUUACUCUCAUCUUCACCUUCCCUUCAUUUAUUGUAUGCCACAGGACGAAGAAAUUUACUUUCAUUGCAUACUACAUUAUCAUUAUUACCAAUCCAUGAUGUCGCUGGAUUAGCCAUUCAUUUCGUCAAAUCCAUUAUAGAACCUACUUAUAACGGAGGCGAAAAUCUUAUAUUCGAUUAUACACUUGGAAGAGGUGAAUUAGGUCUGCAAGGUGAAGGUUUAGGCGUUUGGGCUGUCGUAGAUAAAUCUGCUUUAAGAGAAACUAGAGAAAAGAGAUGGGAUUUAACCUUCCCCAGACUUACCGACUCAUCGAGCCUUCCUAUUACCCAUGCCCUCUUUACUGAACACGUCGAAAUCACCGAUCUAUUAUUGAAAACUCCUAACAUCGGUAUCUCAGAAGUGAUAAAUGAUCAAGAAGCUGCCAGUUUACUCAAAUACCUCUUGAUCUCCGACGUUACAGAUGUUAGACCUUCCAAAGGACCCAUGUCACCCAAGUACAAGUCGAGACAUGUAAUCUUAUCCUUAUAUAAACCCUCAACUCCUUCUCAAGUAGAAGCUGUCAAAGCAUGGGUUCAAGUCUCUUUGAACAUUGUCGAUUUAUUGUCUAAACAGAAUUUACUCAAACCUGAAAUAUCAAGGAAAUUGAUCAAGACAAGAUCAACUGUCGAUGAGGAAUUAUCUAAAGAUUUCAAGAAAGAACAAGAUGAAGAUAAAGAACCUGAAGAAACCGCUGAAGAGAAAAGAGCAGCUCGAAAAAAGGCUGAAAGAGAGAAAAUGUCAGAGAAAGAAAGGAAAAAAUUGGAAGAUCUGGACAAAAAGAGAGAAAUGAGGAAAUUACAAAAGAAACAAGCUUCAGGUAGAUAA